AUGUGGCUGUUCGUUUUUGCUUGCGUAUUGUCCUUUUGCGGGGCGCACAGUUUGUCGCCACCGGGCGUGUUCCCGGAGCGGUUUUCUCGUGGGGGGCUUUUUCGUUCGCUCUCUGGCCGAAGCGAAGCAGGGUCUUUUGAAGGCGGGGAGUAUGUCAACACAACUCCCGCGGUAUUUCGCCAACUUGUGAACCAUUCAUUCUCUGGAGGGCCUACGUUUGAUGAGCGUUACUGGGUGGAUUAUUCUGCAUGGAAGGGGGGUGACUUGGCCAUGCUUUAUAUCGUGGGGGAAAGAGCAGGAGUUUCAUCUCCUAGUGGGUAUCCCGGAGUCUAUGGACACAAGCGAAAUAUGCUGCUUUUUGCCCUGGAAAACCGAUACUAUGGCGAAAGUUUACCGGCUCCCUUAACGGACACAGGAAAAAUUAAAAGGUAUCUCAGUGUUGAUAUUGCAUUGGAUGAUUUGCGUUCCUUUCAGCGUUUUGUUGAGAAUAAAUUGAUUGGGAAAAAGUUUCGUUGGCUUAUUGUUGGUGGAGGCUAUGCUGGUGCCCUAAGCGUGUGGUUUAAGGUGAAAUAUCCUACAGCUGCCUUGGCGGUUUGGAGCAGUAGUGGGGCUGUUGAAACUCAGUUCAAUUUUUAUGCCUUCGAUAAUCAUGUCAAAUCUGAACUUUCACUUGAAUGCGCUCGCGCAGUUCGGACUGCACAGUCUUUGUUCUCAGAGCUGUGGGAGGAUGAGUCUGCUCGUUUGCAAUUUUUGGAUCGAUUUCAUAUUCCACAUUAUUUUGAUAAACCUGGGAUAUCGUACAUGCUUGCUGACGCCGUGGCAGCUGCGGUUCAGUAUGGGAAAAAGUGGGACAUGUGUGAAAUGCUUAUACCACAAAAUAAAACAGACAGUCUGGGGCAAUUUUUCAAUAUGAUUCAUCAUAUGUAUGGAUCAUCAUUUACCUCCGAAUGUUUCUACAGUACAGAAUGCUUAUCGAACACUUCAAUGUCAAAUAAAUGGGCUUCCACAGGCUAUGCAUGGAUUUAUCAGACCUGUAGUGAACUUGCAUAUUUUCAGGUGGGGUAUUAUAAUAGUCUUCGACUCCCCACCGUAAAUACUGAUUACUUUGUUACACAAUGUCGUUUGGCCUUCGGAGAUUCUGUUUUCCCAGAUGUCUUUUACUUCAAUUUCAAAUGGGGGGGUAAAAAACCAAGAGUCUCAAAUAUGGUUGCAUUACAAGGGUCAGAUGAUCCAUGGAAGGUGUGCGGAGUCACGAAAACUUUGGGACCUAAUUAUCAGGCUAUUAUUGCACAGUGUGAAGGCUGCGGGCACUCUGGAGAUCUUGCCUUUCCACAUCUGAACGAUUCUGCAGCAUUACGAAACCAGAGAGAAAAACUGACUUUUUACUUGGAUGCUUGGAUGACAAGUGAACAACUCCUCUAUGCUCUUGUUCUUAGCGGCAACUUUAGUAGCAAGGCCCUUUUGGAGAAAGAGACACUGAUAAAAGCUAUUUGGAGCGAUCUUUAUGAUUUUUUUGAUCAGACUGCUGAAGUUUAUGACGUGAAAAAUGGCUCUACCCGAAAUGUUAUAAUUAUUCACUUUGCUGUUUAUGCAAGCCAUACGAAUAAAGAACAAUAUUCUUUGGCGUUGCUCAAUUUGCGGAAUAAUUCUUCCUGGCUGUUGGCCACAAGGCAAGCACUUUUCUCUUUUGGAAUUCAACAUGAGAUUUUUGUUCAAUUUUUUGAUCAACUGCCACCACCAAUUGGUGAUGAAGGCCAAGGAAACGGACAUUAUAUAAGAUGCUUUUCGUGCUAUGUGGGAUUUCUUUCGCUAGUUAUGGUUCCUUGUGCAGUGAUUUUACAUCUUUACUACAGACCGAAAAGAGAAAAAAUUUUAUUUACAGAAAGCGGAAGCAUAGCAUACAUCAGUGUAUAUCGUUCAUUAUUUAGUGACUGCUUCUGA